UUGUGGUGGCUCCUCUGCUGCCGUCGAGGCUUUACUCUUCUGCACCGGGACUACGGGGACGGCGAGCUUAGCGGGGACGGGGACGAAGACGAGGACGAGGAGACCUUUGAGCUACGGACCCCGAGUCCAGCGGGCGGCGGGAGGGUAAGUCCCCGGGGGGUUUGGAGCCUUGUCUCAACCCCUCUCACUACAACCGGCCGUCAAGCCUAAUCCUGCUCGACUCCAGCAAACGCCGUGUGGACUGGGUUCUCAGGAGAUGUUUUUGCCUGGGGGCUCGAAGCCCCCGAGAGCUCCAGCAGCAGCCCGCCUUGGGAUCUGCCUGUGGGCCUCGCGCUGCACGCUGGGCGCUGUCCACCUGCUGGGGGCCCUGAGGCAGGGGAGGUGUCACGCCUGGCCCGACCUGGCCCUGCCUCUCCCUUCCCCGCCGGGCCCGCGUCCCAUCCCGUCUCCUUCCGCCUCCGCCAGCGCCGAGGAAUGUGGCGAGGCCGGCUGGGCAGCUCGGACGCCUGGGUCCGCUCCGCUCCCAGUUCACGAGCGCAGGGAGCUGGGGCCAGAUGCGGGAGUUCCCGCCGCGUGGACCUGGGCGAGGGGAAGCAGGGCCCCCUAGAUGUGACAUUGACUCAGCCUAUGAGGAGUGGGCCAGUCUCAGACAGGCUGCAAAGCUGGGAGGAGACGCGGAGCCUCAUCCCGGAGAAGGGGCCGUCUGAAGACGACCCAGAUGUCGUCGUGAAAGGUUGGCUGUACCGCGAGCCCCGAGGAGGAGGGGCGCGGCCCUGGUUGCCCCCGCGCCGAGCCUGGUUUGUGCUCACCCGGGACUCCCUGGACCAGUUCAGCAGCAGCGGGAAGGGGGCGAGGCGGCUCGGGAGCCUAGUGCUCACCAGCCUGUGCUCAGUGUUCGGCCCUGAGCGCAGACCCAAGGAGACCGGUCUGUGGUCAGUGACCGUGAGUGGCCGGAAGCACAGCGUUCGGCUCUGCUCCCCUCGCCAGUCAGAGGCAGAGCGCUGGGGGGUGGCGCUGCGGGAAGUGAUCGCCUCCAAGGCACCUCUGGAGACCCCCACCCAGCUGCUGCUCAGGGACAUUCAGGAGAGUCGUGGGGAUCCAGAAGCCGUGGCCCUUAUUUACAGAAGAAACCCGAUUCUGAGGCACACCAGUGGAGCCCUGUAUGCCCCACUCCUGCCCCUGCCCUACGGAGUCACUGCCCCAGGUCCCGGCUACGCGCCCUUGCGCGAGGAGGCCGUAAGGCUGUUCCUGGCGCUGCAGGCCCUGGAGGGGGCGCGGCGCCCCGGGCCCCUGAUGCAGGGUGUGCUCCAGACCUGCCGGGACCUGCCCGCGCUCCGAGACGAACUCUUCCUGCAGCUGGCUAAGCAGACCUCGGGCCCCGCGGGGCCCCCCGGGCCGCCAGCAACCCAAGACCCCGCGGCCCUGCGGUACUGGCAGCUCCUCACUUGCAUGAGCUGCACCUUCCGGCCAGGGGGAGCCGUACGGGGACACCUCCUUGGGCAUCUGGAGAGGACUGAGCUGGCGCUCCCGGACUCGGAACUGGCGGAAUAUGCGCGCUUCAUACGGAGAGCGCUGGGCCGGACGCGUGGCCGGGAGCUAGUGCCAUCGCUGGCCGAGAUUUCCGCGCUGAGCCGACGGCAGGAGUUGUUGUGCACCGUGCACUGUCCGGGGGCUGGUGCCUGCCCUGUGGCCAUAGACUCCCACACCACGGCGGGAGAGGUGGCUCGAGAGCUGGUGGGGCGGCUGGGCUUGACCCGGAGCCGUAAUACAUUCGCGCUGUACGAGCAGCGAGGGGCGCAGGAGCGAGCCCUGGCCGGGGGGACUCUCGUGGCCGACGUGCUCACCAGGUUUGAGAACUUGGCGGCGGAGGAAGCCGGGGUGGAGGACCCGCCGGACACCGGUUGGAGACUAUGUCUGCGUCUUCACGGACCUCUGCACCCUGAGGGGCUGUCCCCAGACGGUCACGAACUGCCCUUCCUCUUUGAGCAGGCUCACGCUCUGCUGCUGCGAGGCCGGCCGCCCCCGCCCGACGACACGCUGCGCGCCCUGGCGGCGCUGCGCCUGCAGAGCCUGCACCGGGACUUCCCCCCGCGGGCGCCCCUGCCGCGCCUGGACCGCUUGCUGCCCACUCCGGCCCGGCCGCGUGAAGACCCUCCCCGCCCGGUGCCCAGGCCUCCCCCCUCCGCCGCCCUGCUGGCCGGGGCGAUCUGGAGCCCCAGCCUGGCCAAGAGGCGGGCGGAGCGGGCCCGGCACGGCGGGGCCGGCCGCACGGCUGGAAGCGUGGCCCGCGAGGGAGGAGGUGGCGCCGGCAGGGCGGCUGCUGUGCUGGGAGGCUGGAAGCGGCUACGGGGCAUGGGCCGAGCUGAGGCCAUGGCUGCCUACCUGGCUCUGGCGGCGCAGUGUCCAGGGUUCGGCGCUGCUCGGUAUGACGUUCUGGAGCUGAGCACGGAGCCUGGUGGGGGUGCUCCACAGAAGCUAUGCCUGGGCCUGGGAGCCAAGGCCAUGUCCCUCUCGCGGCCGGGUGAGACAGAGCCCAUCCACAGCGUCAGCUAUGGCCGUGUGGCCGCCUGCCAGCUAAUGGGUCCCCACACCCUGGCCUUGAGGGUGGGAGAGAGCCAGCUCCUCCUGCAGAGUCCCCAGGUGGAAGAGAUCGUGCAGCUGGUGAAUGCCUACUUGGCCAACCCCUCCCCCGAGAGGCCCAGCAGCAGCCCUCCUCCAUGCCAAGACCUGCCAGACACCUCCCCUCCCAGCCAGCACCCAGGCCUGGAUGAGCCCCAGGGACAGUCUGGCUGUUUGGGGCAGCUGCAGGACUGAGCUUGCCAAGAGGUCACGACCUCCCUCUUGCCUCCAGCCUGGAUCUGGACUACUCUGAGAUUUCAGGGAACCAUGGACCCUUUUGGCCCUGCAGGGACAGGGCAUACCCCACACGCAAGGGCUGCAAUGGGUGCAGACAAUUUUCUAGUUUGUUUCUUAAUUUAUUUGUAGAAGAGAAGCAAAAAAAAAAAAAAAAAUCCUUAUUUACACAAA